AUGCAGCUCACCUCCAUCGUCGCUCUUCUCGUCGCCGCCACCGGCGCUGUCGCUUCUCCCGGCCGUGCUCCUCCUCCCCCUCCCCCGAAGCCUCAUCGUCCUGCUCCUCCCACUAUCGGCCCUGUCACCCAGACCCAAAGCUGCGGAAACAGUGCUUCUGCUUACUGCUGUAACAAUGUGGUUGACAGCAAGGGCUUGAGCUACUUCGAGUGCAAGAGCUCCACGGGCUCCUGCAACACUAUUGCGAUUUGCUGCCAGAACAACAACAACGGCGAGGACGGAAAUGCCAUCCAGAACUGCGGCCUGGGUAACAGCCAGGUUAUCUGGCUGUAA